AUGUCUACGAUUGACAUCGUUCUCGGCGCCCAGUGGGGCCAGCAGGGCGGUUAUACCGAGGGAAAACUCCGGGCCGGUCACACUGUCAUCGUCGAUGGUGUCAGUUACGACUUCCACCUUCUCCCCUCCGGUCUCUUGCACCAGAAGUGCAUAAGCCUCAUCGGAUCCGGCGCUGUCGUCCACGUCCCCACCUUCUUCAAGGAGAUGGCCGACCUCGAGGCCAAGGGCCUGAAGAACAUUCGCGAACGCCUCUUGGUGUCCGACCGAUGCCACAUCAUCACCGACUGCCACAUCCAGGUUGACGGAUUGGAGGAGCAGGAGCUGGGCGGUAACAGCAUCGGCACCACCAAGCGCGGUAUCGGCCCAACUUACAGCACCAUGGCCGCCCGCAACGGUAUCACCAUCAGCGAGAUGUUCGACGAGGAGCUCUUUGAGCGCAAGCUCCGCCAGCUCGCUCAGGGCUUCAAGAAGCGCUUCGGCGACCUUCUUGUCUACGAUGUUGAGGACGAGAUCAAGCGCUUUAAGCAGUACAGAGAAGACCUCCGUACUUUUGUUGUCGACGCUGUUCCCAUCAUCGCCGAUGCCCAGAAGAACGGCAACAAGAUCCUCGUCGAGGGUGCCCAAGCUGUCAUGCUUGACCUGAACUUUGGAACUUACCCCUACGUCACAUCAUCCAACACUGGCCUUGGCGGUGUUUUCACUGGUCUCGGCCUCAACCCCAAGAAGAUCAACAACAUCGUCGGUGUUGUCAAGAGCUACACGACCCGCGUGGGAGGUGGUGGCUUCCCCACGGAACUGCUCAACGAGACGGGCGAGAAGCUUCAGAAAAUCGGCCACGAGAUUGGUGUCUCCACUGGUCGCUCCCGCCGAUGCGGCUGGCUUGACCUGGUCGUCGUCAAGUACUCGACAGACCUGAACCACUACACGGCGCUGAACCUCACCAAGCUCGACAUUCUCGACACCUUCCCCACCAUCAAGAUCGCCGUGGCCUACAAGAACAAGCACACUGGCGAGAAGUUCGUCUCCUUCCCCGCCGACCUCAAGGCCCUCGAGGAUGCCGAGGUCGUCUACGAAGAGCUCGAGGGCUGGAACACGCCCACGACGGGUUGCAAGACGUAUUACGACCUGCCCAAGCAGGCCCGCGCCUACAUCGAGUUCAUUGAGAAGUUUGUCGGCGUCAAGGUUGUCUGGAUUGGCACUGGCCCUAAGAGAGAGGAUCUUAUCUUCCGUGGAUACUAG